AUGGACAAUAGUGCGGGCCGGGUCGGGAUCUGCAGUCCCAAAGCCAAAGAGCUCAGUUAUAUUAUCCCAGUGGGGAUGAAGGUGAAGGAGCGAGCCGCCAAGUUCACCGUUGAUUACGUCAACAACUACUCCGUCAACAAUUAUCACGCAUCGACACCAGCUCCGUCGUUCCUCUCUACCACAUCUGUUUUCGGGGGGAUGUUCUUCUCGUGCCUCGUCGCCCUCCCCGAGGAGCGCCGCCACCUGGAGCACCAGCAGCACGCCAAAGAACAUGGCGGCCAUUGA